AUGAAUUUGGGAGGCGAACAGUAUCGUGGAUACCAGUUCAUUCGCAGUGCUCACCUCGAUCUCUGGACAAAUACCGCUUUUCGAAUAUUUCUAUCUAUUAUAAAUGAUCGAGGAGCGCGGAACGAUGUAAUUUCAGUACCACAGCUUAUUGCACUCAUAGGUUUUCUUUCAGAGAUUUCUGAGCACCAGACACGCUUAUCGCUUUAUGAAUUUUUGCAUCCAACUGGUGUCACUACACUGCCUCACCAGCUGGUGCACGUGGCCGAUUUCAUCAGAAACUGGGAAUUGUUCUCCGAAGCAGCUGUUAAGCCAGGGAGUUUCAACUGGAAUCGGCGCAUGCUCAUCCAUCCACAGCACACAAAAAGCUACGAAUUUACCACUUUUAUGGCACUGAAGUACCUCGGCAUUGAGCUUAAAAUAUACGAUGCACAGAAUGGACGAGCUGAGUUGGUGGCAUGGCUAAGAAGAACAUGCAAGACUGAAGAAGGCGACGCGCUCUGUCCUAUUCGUUUGUGGAAGCUUACCGAUUCAAAAACAGCCGAUGUCCAGAUGCUCAAUAACCAGAAAUGCCCAAUUCUCAUUUUCGCCUCGCACUUUUACAUUCCAAUGUCCACAAAUAUACUCGAUACACAUAACGUUUUCUGCAUACUCUUCAAGGUAAACUUUUUUUGCAAGUCCUACUGGUGCCAGUUUACUUGUUUACGAAAUCCCCUUAGGUACUAA